CCUCUAAUGCUGUAGCCUGGCUCCAACUACAGACUAUCGAUCUUUGCACAUGUCGUAUGCAGCAGGAGGUUGACUGGUGGUCUGACACAGAUCUUUAAACACAAGCUAACUACAGUCGGCUCUGUUUAAAGAAAACAAAGCAACAUUAACACUAUGCCUGUCCGGGUGGUAAUGCAGGGUCCUGGACCCUGGGGAUUCAGGCUCGUUGGGGGAAAGGACUUCGAGCAGCCCCUGGCUAUUUCCCGGGUCACCCCUGGGAGUAAAGCAGCCCAGGCCAACCUGUGUAUCGGAGACAUGAUCUUGGCCAUCGACGGAGAGCCGACAGAGCACAUGACUCACUUGGAGGCGCAGAAUAAGAUCAAGGCCUGCAUAGAUGAGAUGGUGCUCUCCAUAGACAGGUCAGAAACGAAACUGUGGUCGCCACUUUCAUCCGAGGAAGGGAAGACACAUCCGUACAAGAUGAAUCUUGCAUCAGAACCUCGGGAAGUGAAACACAUCGGCUCGACCCACAACAGGAGUGCGCUGCCGUUUACUGGUUUUGGCUCCAAAGUUGUGACCAACCAGUACAACAGCCCCUCUGGUCUCUACUCUUCAGAGAACAUCAAGAACUUCAACUCGGCUGUGGACGAAGUUAAAACCAUGGCUACACCCAGUGAGCCCAACAACAAAUCUCCAUCAGAUCCAUCAAAGGCAGGCAAGCGGCCGCCUGUGGCUGAAGAUUCAGAAGUCUACAAGAUGCUGCAGGAGAACCAGGAGUCUGAUGAGCCUCCUCGACAGUCGGCUUCAUUCAAGGUGCUUCAGGAGAUUCUUGAGACAGGUGACUCUGAUAAACCAUCAGGGUUUAGGAGCGUGAAAGCACCCACAACAAAGAUUGGCUCAUCAGUGGGGAAUGCAGAGAAGCUGCCAGUCUGUGACAAAUGUGGAUCCGGGAUUGUGGGGAUGGUGGUGAAGCUGAGGGACAAGUUCCGUCACCCCGAGUGCUACACCUGCACAGACUGCGACGUCAACCUAAAACAGAAGGGACAUUUCUUUGUGGAGGACCAGAUUUAUUGUGAGAAGCACGCACGGGAGCGAGUGACUCCGCCUGAGGGCUACGACGUGGUCACAGUCUUCCCUAAGUAGAGCGCUCACUGAGCUAAGCCUCGGGACUGCACGCCACUGUAGGACACCAUGAUGUCACAACAUUUAGCUCAUGCUACUCCUGAGACUAUAAAAAGGUCUUCUCUCGCAUUCUGCUUCAGUACUGUCACUGGUAGGCAGGACAAUAAAGAACGACAUGUUAAAAAAUGUUGAUUUGCACAUUAACUUUGGCUUCUGUAAAAGGAAAAUUCGUGAAUAACUAUGAGAUGAUGACACAUUUUUCUCUCCCUGAUAAACUUUUCUAUUUCAGCUGUGUUUUAAUGUUUGUCUGUACAUGUUCAUUCUGUGCUUUUGAAUCAUGGAAACAAUGGAAAGCCAGACUAGUUUCCCCCCCAACAGCCCACAUGUUUUCUACAGUUUUAUUAAAUAAAUAGACAUACUUUUAUUCAGAAAAAUAGCUCAAAGACACAUUUGAAUAUCACUGCCAAAUAAAUAUUUUUAGCUUAAA